GCAAUUGCAGAGAUGUCGCCAAUGUUGCUGAAUGUAAUAUACAAGUUACAACAACACAGCCUUGCUGCCGUCCUUCAUUCCAGCCUGUAGAUGGCAACCGUUUGCAUUCGUCAUUGAGUCAGGCUCAUUGAUCAUCCUCAUCAACGAUCUACUAAUAUCCUCUUGUCCCUUCCUCUAUCUUGUUUCCUGUCUAGAUACACACCUACUAUAUGACUACUCCCAGCACGUCGGUUCCCCGACUGGUUAUCGUGGAUGACACGGAUCCCACCAUUCAAUACUCGCCAUCGAGCGCGUUCUCCCUCGAUUCGACAGGAACCUUAGAUUAUUUUGGUAAUGGAGGCCCAGUAUUCAACCAGACCCUCACCGGGACCACCACAAAUGCCUCGUUGAGCUACACCUUUAACGGGACCUUCGUCCGCGCCAUGGUCGCUGCGGUUGGAACAACUUAUUCCUGGAAUUGUACAGUGGACGGCCAUCAAAUCACUAGUUUCACGGUCAAUACAAACCAGGUUACCAACUAUAUCGCCUGCGACUCUGCAGGGAUUCUGCAGGGCACAACGAGCAACCAUACGUUGGACGUAAAUCUUUUCUUCCUUCCGACUGAUACCUCAAAUUCCACGCAGUCCCUCUGGCUCGAUAGCAUUCAAUAUCAACCAUUACCGUCCGAUCCGCUGGAUUCUGUUAUGCUCAGAGUACAUAACAGUGAUCCUUCAGUUACAUACAGCAAUAGCUCUGGAGGUUGGAGUUGGCAAGGGUUCGAAUCAAAUAGUACACAGAGAACGGGCACAAGCAUGAACUUCGCAUUCAAUGGUUCCUCUGUAUCCCUGUAUUCAGUGAACUUUGGAUCUCCUACUCUAUUCAAUGCCAGUACAGCUUUCUACGCCAUCGACGGAAAUACGGGCGUAAACUUUGAUCUCCCGGGUAGCGCGAAAUCACAGAACACCGGCAAUUACUCGAACAUAAUAAACUACCCUCUCUUCACCGCUUCCAAUCUAUCAACUUCCCCACACAACAUCGAAGUAGCCACCUCAUACAACGGCAGCAAAACACCCCAGUAUCUCAGUAUUGACUAUUUCAUCGUUAAAACAAAUCCCGCUAACUCUACAUCCCUGGAACAUGCGAGCAACUCCUCCUCAAUCGAUUCCACAAGUAGAAGUCAUAGCAAUGUCGCCUCUAUAGUAGGAGGUGUUAUAGGCGGGGUCAUCGGCCUCGCCGCCCUCCUCUCUCUUCUCUACUAUCUCCGGAAACGGAAACAAGAUCAAUACAGUGGUAUGAUGUUGGAUAUUACGGGAGGUGGUCCAGGUUAUUAUCGUUCAAGCGCGUUUGGGGGGGAUACCCUGGAAGUAACUCCUUUCAUCACGUCCGCUGCGCCUCCCGGAACAACCCACAUUCCCAUGAAAUACGCUGCUGCUCAAGACUCUACUGCCUAUACAGGUCUCCCGUCUGCUUCUUCGAGUGCAGCAGGAUCUUCUUCGUCAUCGGGCCACCCAGAGCACUCUUCCGGAUGGGAUUCCAAUCGAUUCGUGAUGUCGAAACGCCCUCGGAUUCUGCAGGUGGAGGACGAACAGUUACAGAGAAGUCAAAUACACCAACACGAUGAUAGUGGUGUGCGGAUACCACCUAGAGAUGAUGGGAUGAUUGAUGAUGUCCCGCCAACAUAUACAGAAUCUUGACGAGCGUUUAAUGCUAACCCGAGCAUGUGUCUACCAACUCCGGACUUUUUUCCUCUUCUUUUCUUGGUUCAUUGAUCUAAGAAUGUAUGUACAUUUAUCGCAUGUCGGAAGUUUACUGCGAUAGUGCAGGAUGGUGCCAACUCUUGCUGAGAUGCUCAGUGCUUUCCGUUGCUUUCCAGGUGAUUUCUUCUGAACAGGACCUGGACGGAGCGGCCACUAGCACUGGCUGGUGACAUGUGACACUCCCACUAGUUGAAUCCCCUUGUCGAAUCUUGUCGAAUUACAUCCGUCAUCUUUAGCAUUGUCCCUUAAACUUGCAUUGGACUUGGACUUGGCGGGCAGCGUUUUCACCGCCUACUUAGUGUCCGACACAGCGGCGCUUUGGAAGCCUCAUGAAAGCUUAGGAAGCGGGAACUGUUUUUU